ACAGUCCCUUCCCUUCAUUCCCAGUCUGCUCAGUGUCUUGAGACCGAACACUGAGUUCAUUAUUUUACUCCUCUCUAUAUCUGGAAGUUAUUUCUACGUAAAGGGUUUUCAUGCAGGGACCAACAGUGGACUAAUAGUGGGCCCAGCGGGAAAAUGGUUCCAGUUAAACUCCUCAUUCUGGGAGCUCAGAACACUGGAAAAACAGCACUGUGCGUUCGUUUCAUGACCAAGCGCUUCAUCGGCGAGUACGACCAUAAAAAGGAGGUGACCUACAGAUGCAGUCGGGUGGUGGACCAGGAAGCUGUUGAUCUGGAGAUCUUGGAUAUAGCUUGUAAGGAGAGCUCUGCGGCCUCUCUGGAGUCAUCUAUCCGCUGGGCUGACGGUUUCCUGCUGCUCUACUCCAUCACGCAGCGCCUCACCUUCCUGGAGGUCCCACGACUCAAAAAACUCAUCGACCAAACCAAACAGAGUCUGGUUGUUCCUACAGUGCUUGUAGCCAAUAAGGCAGAUUUGGAAAUAGGGCGGGAGGUGACAACAGAGGAAGGACAGAGACUGGCCAAGGAUUUAAGGUGCGGCUUCAACGAGCUGUCUGUAGCUGAAGCUGUAUCAGCUGUGGAAGCAACAGUGUUUCAACUCAUUAGGUUGGUGUUGGAUCAGCAGCGCCCUCUGCCCGACCGUCGCUCCUACAUGCUGACGGUUCGCCACGCUCUGACCAGGAAACUGACCCGAUCGAAGACCAUGCAGUGGUGACCACAGCCAAUUAAGCAGUUCUAGUCACAGUGGGACAUUUUUGGAAAACUUGUGUGUUGUCUGUUCCGGACUGGUUUUAUGGUAUCAGCACAUAGUACUGAAACAAAAAGAUAUGUUGACUCCUCUUAUGGAGGAAAAUCAGCAGACAGCUUAAUAAACCUGGAUUAGAGUCCGGGGCAGUUAAUUAGAGAAGGAAACUGCUUCUUUUGUGGCUCAAAUACACCUCCAAGAACAGAUGAUGUCCCUUUUUAAGUUGAAUUUUACAUACAAAUCAAUCCACUUGGAAGACAAAAUCUUUGUAGUUUCAGUAGUAAUACAAUAAGCUAACUUGAAGCUAAAUAUGUGUCUCUUUUUACAGGCUGCUGCACAUUAGCAUGAUUAAACAGUGGUGCUCAGUUACAAGCAUUUAAGCAUAUUACUGUAUGUCCAUAGGAGGUUGUGUUCUCCUGUGUUUGAUCCUCCAGUAGAGGGAGCAACUGUCAUUUCAUGAGAUGCAGGCUUGUCACAGUCUCACAGUAUGCCAAAUGCACUAGGUGGCCAAAUGCAUGUGGAUCCCCUUGUCCAGUUUGAGGAAGAAGCCGACAAGCCUGCACCGAUUCCUGACUUGUGUAAAACCUUCACAGAAAAGUGAAGGAUGUGACACCAGCGUGUUAAGAUGUUUAAGAAUCACAUAUGGGUCUAAUAUUCUGUCAACUUCACUGUCUUCAAACAAGUUAAUUUAUAUAGUUCGAUGUCAUCAUGAUAAUUUAAAGACAGAUCCUUCAAGCCAAACAGUGAACUGUCCAAUCUGUAGAUAAAUGACAGUUAAACUUGACCCUGUUGUAUGAGUGUGUAGAUGAUGUAACAGUGUGAAAAGAAUAAGGCUGGCUUUGAUUACAGUCUUGGCGUUAUUCAA